CACAGCCACCGUGCAUAACUAGACUAUAUCCUGUUUUGUUUUGCAGGAGCCGAACUUCUAUUUUUCUUUGCCUUUCAACCAAAGAAACUGAAGAAUAUGAGCUCGUGCGUCGUCGUAGGAAAUUCGCGCUCAAGCGCAAAGAAGCUGACGAUGCUUGCGGAGGUCUUGGCGUUCGCCUCCGCGUCUUGCAGUAGUAGGCUGCUUGAACGGUGAGUCUUUCGAUCUGCAAUCCGUGAAUGGAUAAACCAUACGGUAUAUGGAAUAAACCUGGAACUUCCACCGGGGAUUAUGAAGUGUAUUAACUUGAUAUCAUAUGGUGAUGUUUCGUGAGAAUCCUCUCCUGACUCCUGAAUGUCGUUUGAAACUUGCCAAAUGGACAUCUCAUUUAGAUUCAACUUGGGCUGCUAUGAAGCUUCGAUCGGCGUUGCACUCACUGCAAAUCACUGACAGUCACAGAAAAAUAUAAGAAGGGAAUUUGCUAAUAAGGGAUCGUGUCAAACAUAGGCUACUCUAUUGAAUUGUCCUCCACUAAUUUACCGCGGAAAAUAGAUGUCAACGGCGGGCUAUCGAAACACCAUAGGAAUAAGUCUUCGCCCAUUUGAACACCACCUUAAAAGUGGGAAAAACGAGGGAUACGACGAGACGCGGGAGAAAGGAUGCAGUCGGGAAAGGGAAUGAAGAAGGUCUCAGCAGGUGGAGGAGCGUCGCUCUGCUGUCUGUUGCUCUUGUGGGUCAUCUACUCCCAUCUCCUGAGAGAGGGCCAGUUGGCGGUGGGCACGUGUGAGAUCGUGACGCUCAACAGAGACAGCAGCGUGCCCAGGCGGACCAUCGACCGCCAGACUGCCCGCUGUGCCUGCAGGAGAGGCCAGAUCGCUGGCACCACGCGAGCCAGGCCUGCCUGCGUUGACGCGCGCAUCGUGAGGGGCAGACAGUGGUGUGAGAUGGCGCCCUGCUUGGAGGGGGAGGUGUGUGGCCUCCUCUUCAACCGCUCUGGCUGGACCUGUACCAAAGGCAGUGGCCGUAUCAAGACAGUCACGCCCUUGCCUAAGGAGCCAUCGUAAGGAGUUAAGAACUAAGUGGGUAGGUUUAUUGCCAGUCAUGGCAGAAGGGGAACAGAGGCCAAUGACCAGGCAAGCACAGUUUGUGUCCAUUCGCCAAUUUUGUGCUCAAACCACUACUACCCCUCCCCCACACCACCACCAUCUAUCAGAGGAGCCCUACUAUGUGACAGUGACACUCCUCUGCUCCCUCAUUGGUCCAAAAGUCCGUACCUGCCCAUGAAAGCAACUCGCCACAGCAUCGUUAUUGGAACCAUAUCACAAACUGAAUGACUGUAUACUGUAUAUAACCUGUGUUGUUUCAGCACGGCAAGCAGGAUAGAACUGGGAGUCUAAACAUGUGUAAGGAAACCAUUUCGCCACCUACCCCUAUGGAACACAAUGUGAAGGCAUUUUUGGUAACUUGGUUUAAACUAGUCUACAGUUAUUUUAUGAGUACUGAUACGAGAACCAUUCACAGUGUCUUUUCACUCACGUAAAUAGUCUGUUUGGUUAAGGCGUCGGUUUUGUCCUGUUGAAGAGCCAUGGUAGGUUUGCUGGACACGGGAGGUUAGUGAAACCAGGAUAUGAUGCCAAUGGGUGCCCGUCUUUAGCCAUAUUUCUCCAUCCUCUAAGAAACACAACCACCUGUCUUGGGUAUCUGAGGGAUGGGGUUCCAAGAGGUUCUGGGAUGAAAUAUAUAUAGAGAAAAUGAGGAAAUCCCAUGCGAGUAUCAUGCUCUUCUCUUGUCGUCAAUCUCUACAGUGAAAGAAGGAUCAAAUAUAUGAUAUACAUUUACAGUUCUGGAGGAGAAACCUUUGGAUGGAUUGUCAGUGACUAUCUAACUUGACAUUGACAAAGCUUUGUUUAUCUGGUGCCUACGACUGAUGGGACCGUUGCAAGUAAGGAUUCCCUAAUAGUGUCUGUGGAGAAACCGCCCACGUGACAUCACUCUGCUAUAGGAGAUCUUUAUGAGACACUUACUGACAGACUACACCUGCCUGUCUCUAUAUCCUGUGUUCUAAUUAUUUUUGUUGUGUGUGUGUGUGUGUGCGUGCGUCUGGGUGUCUGUGCCUCCUGAUAUACACUGUGAAAUGGGAAAUAGUUGACACAAUCUUGUUCUUAAGUUUAACACAUUCAGUACUGUACUCCUGGACAGAACUUUUCCUGAAGCUGGUAUGAUCAUGUUUUAGGGGAUGCGCGUUGAUUUAAAGCUGGAAUCCGUACUUGCUGGAGCUGCCAUGUCGGUCUGCGAUAUUAAAGAGACAGUUACUUCAAAACAAGGAGCACUGUUCUUUCCCUCGGACAUCACUGCACAUCACUGCACGCCCCGAUAGAACAGCAGAGUAUUUACUGCAAUUUUCUUUUACCACAGUGCUAGAUGCUCAUCUCCUCCGUUUCACAAACAAAACCAAAAAAAAAAACGAUAGCAAAAGCUCCGGGUCGAGAUGGCGCUGUUUCACCUUGUGCGGAUUUCAGCUUUAAAGCGUCAUACAGAGGAAUCACAUGUUUUUAAUACAAAAGUGUAUUAUUAUUGACAGAUCUAUGUCACAUAAGUUAAAAGCAGUAAUGAUAGUCCAUGUGUAGUACCGAUUGAUUAUUUCAAAGUUAGGUUUUAAAUGGCCUUUUUUAUAGAAAAUAGAUGUAUGGAGGUAUGCUACUUGCAAAGUGCUGCUGUUUAUGUUGGGUGUGAUGUAUACAUUCACUGUAUAAUGUCCCAUGGGUAUUUCUAACGUAAUUUAUGUUACGGGAUUACGAGAGAGAGUGAGUGUCACAGAGAGAAUGAGACCAUAAAGGACAUUGUAUAUCA